AUGGACAUCCCACCUUCCAUAGGCAACGCCACCUACCCCAUCUCCUACUUUUUAGGGUACAGGAAAUCCCACCCGAAGGACGAACAAGACCCGUUACUCAUCGCCAAGGGGUUGAGGUCGGGAGGGUUGAUGAGGAAAGUCGAGUAUUGGGUGCAUACGUUGGUAGCGGCUUAUGUCGGGUUGAUCUUGGUCGGGUUGACAUCCAAGGCCAACCCGUUUGCGAGCAGGGGAGCUCCGGAUAUCAUCGGUGCUUUCGGGGCCAUGGCCGUGCUGCUCUGUAUAACCCUCUCAUCCCUCAUCGGCGUCGGCGUAGCAAGACUCUUCGCACUCCGAGUCCCGCCGGGGACCUUUCCCAGCGGGUACGAGAACGAUUGGGCGGCUGCUGCUACGGCGGCAGCGUUGGCGUUGUUGGUUUGUCAGAUCUUGGAGUCUCCAUCCGCACCUGGUGGAGCGGCGGCGGUGAUCGCUUGUACGAACCCGGCGGCGUACCAUAUGGGUUGGAUGUAUGUCGGGUACGUCCUCAGUGAGACCCUCGUUGCGGUCGGUUGGGCGUUGAUCAUCAACAACCUGGGGACGAGACGAUACCCUCAAUGGUGGAUCCACGAAUCGAUGAUCCCGAAAGCACACGGGGAAGAGGGGGACAAGGAACAGUCCGAGGCGUAG